CUAACCAAGCAAGCCAGCGCUGGGUGAGUUACCCCAGCUAUUCUUCUCCAUCGCCCGUUCUGUGUCUGUCCUCCCCCCCUCCCCACUUCGUCGUCUUCUUCUUCUUCUCUCCUCUGUUGCACACUUCUUCUCCAACUCCUCUAUUCUACUGUUCUUCUACUCUCCUACUCCCCUACUCUCCUAUUCUCCCAUUCUCCUCUCCUCUCCUCUCCUCUCCUCUCCUCUCCUCUCCUCCAGCUGUGCACUCUGUGGAAUAAUAUCCCAUCUCAAUCCCCUGAUUCUCGCGCUGGUUCUUCUGUUCUGAGUCUCUUCCGAAUCUCCUCCCCUCGUGCUUCUCUCUUCGUUGGCUUGCUUGGCCCUGCCAGCCCUUCCAGCUCGGCAACCUAUCAGCCCUCCUCCUCCUUUCCUCCUCUUCUCCUCGUCCUUUCAUCCUCUUCCUCCUCGACAAUCUUCCCCCCCCUAACGAAAUCAAAUUGCUUCUUCAACAUUCUCGAUAUCAAUCUUACUCAGCCUGGACAGGACAGGACAGCCAUAAACCCGAAACCCCUCCCUCUCGUCCCCAAGAGCCAGCCAGGUCAACCUUGUCGCCCAUCCCAAUCCUCCUCUCCUCCAGUCCCUCCUCCUGCGGCGCUUUGGAAAAACACACCAACCUCAUCUCUCGCUCCGGAAGAUGGACGUCUCGGUUGCGCGUCGUCCAUGGGAGGAACCAAGGGCCGGCCAGCAGACUCCCCAGGCCGCUGCCGCCUCUGGUGGUGCUGGUGGUAGUAGCAAUGCUGCUGGUGCUGGUGUUCAGCAGGUCCAGAAACUGCCUUCUAUCUCUACCCUUACCGCCAGUAUGUCUCUCGGCAAUCUUGCCAAUGGUGUUGUUGCCCCCGCAGAAAAAUCGCCCGCGCAGGCCUCCAUGAACACCGUCGAGCGGGACUCCGGCAAUUGGUCCAUGCCCCAGAGUGCCCGCUCCUCCACCUACUCAAACACUACCAAUGGCACCAAUGGCACCAACGGCACCAAUGGCUAUGCGCAAUAUACCUACAUGACUUCCUCUCAACACUCUCCAAAACAUCCCCAGUCACAACGGCAGUCCUCAAAAGAUCAACAACCACAGACUCCCUCCUCUGCUACGCCAUCCUCCCAACAACAGUCCCCCACCUACUCCAUGCACCAGCCAAACGCUAUGCUCCCUUCUAUAAACCAAAACUUUGACAGCGCCGUCCAACGACCCCCUGCUGAGUUCCCCGAGUCCCGCCGCAGCAGCAUUGAUAGUCGAAUGAACCAGGGCAUCGGCUCCUUGGCCAUAAACCAAGCCUCGCCAUACCACAGCACCAAUGCCUCUCAGUCGUCUAUUGUCUCGGGCCUCCAGCGCGACCGUGGCAUAUCCGGGGAAUAUUCAAGCGUAGCAAGCCAACGCGGGCCCCGCUACAGCGGUGAACAACGCCAUCCACUCUCCCCACUGGGCCCCAACACGGGUCAACACCGCUCCUUUCCUGUGCGGAGGACUGCCCCCGCCAUUUCCAACAAUCCUCACGCAGAGAUUUACAAUGCAGAAUCGCCCACUGCAGGCCAGGCCUAUGCUUUUCCUGACCCCGACGUCGCCCGGUCAUCCGAUAAAGAAAGCGCCCGUGGCCAACCCUCGUCCCAGUUCAACCGGAGAGGUAGCACCACGGAGUCUCUGGCCAGCAGUGUGUUUACGACAGAUUCCAGACUGCCACAUGGCCAACAAGAACUGCCACAAAAUGUCCAUCACCAUUCCCUACAGCAGAAGCAGGUUAGAGAGUUAAUGGGCGAUCCGGAGUCACCCAACGGCGCGACCCCGUACAGUAGAACCCCGGAAUUGCGCGUCACGCACAAGCUGGCAGAGCGCAAAAGACGUAGUGAAAUGAAAGACUGCUUUGAACUUUUACGUUCACGGCUGCCAUCAAACCAGAGCAGCAAGUCCAGUAAAUGGGAAACUCUAACUCGAGCAAUCGAAUACAUCGGCCAGCUCGAGAAAACAAUUCAACAAAGCCGUCACGAAUCCGUCACCCUGAAAGCCGAGGUCGCGGAACUCCGCCAACAGCUCAAUGAGCAGCUACAACGCCAAUCAACCACAAAUGGCCAUCACCCCCAGCCUACCUAUGACCGCGCACCACCACAGCAAACAAACGGUACACAUCCACACUCCCAUCCACAGCCUCAGAUGUAUAGUAACGGCCACGGGAGCCCCUAUUCUUCUCCCGGUGCUGUGCAGCCCCCACUCCCCUCCAUGGACCCAGCGAGAACUCUCCCGCCGCUGAUGAACGGCUCCCUGGCACCAAUGCAAGGUGUACAGUAUACCGAGGGCCGGCGAUGAGGGUGUUUUACGAUUAUUAUCACUGCUACUACUACCUAUUAUUAUUAUUAUUAUUUUGUUUGACUACCUGGACUGUAAUACUGUUUUCGUAUCUAAUUCCCGUCCGCUACUUUUGAUCCGGGGAAGGUUGGACAGCAUCGCUUCAGGACCGCUUUCGAUCUAUACCACUGCAACGACUCCUAUAUUUUUAAGCGCCUGCCUGAGUUUGACUGAAUGUUUCCUUUUCUUUCCUUUUCUUUUCUUUUGCCCCUCUCCAGGACGAUUCACCUAUCUAUAUUAACGCCAUUCUUUAUUUCACCCCAAUCGACCGGCUUGUUUUAAGUCGUCUAACGGACAGAACCAAAAGUAACACUCGACCAUCGCUUUAAAUGUCGACAUCGGCGCUGCGAUUCCCCAUGACGCACAUGAAUGAUAUACAUCGGCCCCACAACAAAAACGCUUCAACUCGAAACCGCGUUAACUAGCUACUAUGGGGGAGAUGGUUUAGGAUUUUUCCUUACCUGGAUGCAUGCACAUCGAUUUCCAUCCCUACCUGUCAACUCGCCAACCUUACUGACCGACUUACUUGCGACAUCGACAACACCUUCCACCUGCCCGCUAGCCUACUGUCACCACCGUGUAAAUCUAAUAGCAGCGAAGCCCCAUGGUAUAUUCCGCGCUAUGGCAUGACACGCUGUAACGUAGCGUGGUGUUUUUUGUCUUACCAUGUCAUACCCUGUUUAUGUCACCCGUCCUGCACGAUGGGCGUCAAUUACAAAAAGAAAGAAAAAAAAAAAUCACCGCCAACCAAGCGGAUAGUCCCGACUUGAAUAAAAAUAAACGAACACUGGAUGAGGCUGCCAACAUCAUCAGGGGCAAAAUGUCAGAUGGGCUGAUACGACAUGAUACGACGCGAUACUAUGCGAUUGCGAUGCGAUGGACCGGUGUUCUAUGCACGUUAGGUGGAACGUUGAUAGACUGGUGCCUUUAACGAGAAGAGCCCUGUCCAGGGGAAUGACACAGAUAUUAUAUGCGCACCCACUGGUUUAAACAAAAAUACGCCACACGAUCUUCCUCUCUGACUGGCUGUCUGGCUUAUAUUUAUUUCUGCUAGCGUGGGGAGUUGCUUUUUGAUAUCCGUUUCUUAUUUCCCGUGGUUCAUUUCUCUCGUUUUUGUUCAUGUCAAUUUUCAUGGUUUUUUUCCCCUUUCAUUUCAAUUUCGAUAUCAUCUCUUUUUUUUUCUCUCUUUCUUUGGAUGGAAAUAUGCGGACACGGGAAGGAAAGGGAGGCAAAAAAACCGUCUUUGGGUCUUGGAUUCGGAGUUUUUUUUUUUU